AUGGAUCAUCAUUUCGCAUCAAAGAAACAAUUUAAUUGUGCUGUGUAUAGUGCAAUUGUUCAAAUGAGCGUCUCCCAAUCUUAUUUGAUAACACUUGCAAUCGAAACACUUCAUUUUAUAAUGGAUGAAUUAGAAGACGAACGAAAUCGAUUGAAUUUUGCGAUGAGCUGUAAAUGGUUAUAUCGUGUAUAUCGUAUCUAUUAUGUUGGAUUUGCCACGCCAAACUGGGUCCCAUUCAAUGGAGGAGGUAGUGACGAUGAUGAAUUUAAUGAUGGUCCCCCUGUUGCAAAUUAUCGUGAUGGCGUACUCGUUGAUGGCGCGUUAUAUGUUCCCAUCUUGAACGAAGAGCAACCCGUGUGUUGGGUGCUUGAUUUUAAACAAAUUGUGAUAAAAUGGGAUAGUGUUAAUAUAACAUUGGGAUUAGACGAUCAGAGAUACAUUCCACUUCGAAAUACUGUCACAUCUGCCGUACGUUCUUUAAUUUACCUGUUCGGAGGGGAAACGAUAUUCGGCAAUCCAUCAAAUAUAUUUUACGAAUUGGAUCCAAGAUCAAUGGUUCUUCGCAAUGUUCAAUCUGAGAAUAACGUUGUUCCUUCGAUUAGAAUAAUGCACUCGUUAAAUACAAUCGGAAACCGACAUUUAGUCCUAUUUGGAGGGUGCUCUAUAAUCGGUGAUUUUUAUUUAUAUGAUAUUUCAAACAAAACUUGGUAUUCCUAUCCUGAGGAAUACCGACAUGCUUUGCCAUACGCACGAGCCGCACAUUCAUCUUUAACAGUUGGUUCCUCUCUAUAUGUCCAUGGUGGUAAAAGAAUUCGAGCAAAUACUUCAUCACCAUCAGAAAUUCACGAUGACGAAGAUCUCUGGGAAUUUAAUUUUGCCAAUAACAUAAAUAACGAAAGAGAAAUUAAUAGCGAUGACGAUAGUAAUGAGGAGGAUAGUGAUAAUGACAACUGCGGUAGUAGUAACUCGAACGCAUCAUCAAAUACUAGAACUUCUGCUGCUACAAAUACAUCAUCGAUAAAUAAAGCCACAGGUAACAAUAGCAGCAAUAUAAUUCAAAAUUUUCUACGAAAUAAAUGGCAAAAACUUUUCUCCCCUCGCACUUCAACCUCUCCAUUUUUCACACUCGGGGAUGAGAGCGACUGGAAGGAAACAACCGGUAAAGUCACUGGCAAAAGAUGUGGAUCAGCAAUGUUCAGAAUCGGAAAACGUGUUGCGAUUUUAGGCGGAUAUGAAAAAGACAAUUGGCUCCACGAAGAGGAUAUAACACAACCUUGGGAAAUGUGCAAAAUAUACUUACCGGAAAGAAGGCGAUGGGAUCAUGUCCGUAUUGUAGGGUUUCCUGACAUGGAGUGUGUCGCUUUUGUGCGAGAUCAUACUGGUCAGCCGGGGAACAUUUUUAUAAUGGGAAGGAAAAAGGGAGAUCAGAGUGGCAAAACUGUCAUGGGGUGGAUAAAAGACUAUUGA